AUUCCUUCUUCUAGUUGCCACUCGAAACGCCUCAUCACCUUUCUUGCACACAACUCAAUGGUCCUCCCUGGUCGGAUAAUCCCUUCUUGUUUCCCCGCUCCUCUUCCGAGCCUCCUCCUCCUCCCCCUCCUUCUACUACUUCCGCCACUAACUAUCGCCAAAUUCAUGAAUGGACCUUCAUCGGUCAGUGUUCCCGCCGCGUGGACCGCCAGCAAACCUUUCGACUUCAGUCUAACCUAUCUCAAUACCGGUUUCAAGGUCGUGCUUUCCAGGCUAAACUCAGGACCAAGUUUCUCAUAUGGCUUCGGUUGCGUUAAUGGCAGUAGCUGCUAUUUUGGCCUGUUUAUUUUCCAACGGAGACAGGACAUGGAAAACAUCAUUCCAGGGUUAGUUUAUUGGGUCAGUCCGGAACCCAUGAACGACACUGCCCAAUUGCUACUCACCCAGGACGGCGAUUUAGUUUUACUGGGUGACGAUGGAAAUAAAAAGUGGUCCACAAAUACCGCUGGCAAGUCAGUCAUAGGCUUUAACUUGACUGAAGUCGGAAAUCUCGUGCUCUACGACAGAAAUGAUGCCAUUGUUUGGCAGUCUUUCGAUCACCCUGCAGACGGAAUUAUUCCUGGACAGGAGCUACGUCCCGGCAUAAAACUAACAGCGACAUCAGGGGCGCCGGAUGGGACAAGGUGGGUCUACACGUUUUCCACUGAUCAUAAGAUAGGCUUUGUCGCAUCUGUAAGGGCAGCCUAUUCUCCCCAAAUUUACUACAGAACGAGCAAUGUAAGCAAAAUGAAGAGCGACGAUGGACAGGUUGGAGCACUUUACAAGAAUGGAACCUUCGGUGAGUUUGAAUUGCCUCUUACAUCCUCAGCUCAGUUUAUCCGUCUGGAAGUGAAUGGGCAUUUGACGCAUUAUGUUCUUGAUGAACACUCCAAUGCUUGGAACCGGAUGGAUCUUCUGAAGAAUCAAAUUUGCAAUUAUCCACUUGUAUGUGGUAGGUAUGGCAUUUGUUCAGGUGGCCUUCAGUGUCAGUGUCCAAGCGAGACAAAGCAAAUUGAAGAGAGAGAUCCGUCUUCCGGUUGCCAUCCCAGCUCACCGAUCUCUUGUGAUUCACAGAAUGACACUUUCGUAGCAGUUGAGAAUAUCACCUACUAUGCUCUGGUGAACAAUUAUGUUAGUGCUGACAUCUCAAACACAACUGCAGAGAGUUGCAAGGAAGCGUGUUUGAGGAAGGGGUGCUCGUGCACUAUUGCACUAUUUCGUACCCGAACCAUUUUCUCUGGUAGGGACUGCUAUUUAUUAUCAGAGCCAUUUUCCCUUAUGGACGACCCUACCGGAUACUACUCCACCUUAGCAUUUAUCAAAGUCAACAAUAGUACAAACAGAUCGACGCCAUCAUCAAUCUUUGGAAGAAAGAGAAGGGGACGAACAUUGUUAAUCCAAGGGACUACUGUUGGAGCAGUUUCGAUAUUUUUAAUAAGCAUAUUUGGGGUGUAUAUUUUAAGUAAGGUGAGAAGAAAAGAUGUCGAAGAUGAUGAUCCAGACUUACCAUGGCUUCAGAUAACUAGAUUCCCUUACGAGGACUUGAAGGCCAUGACUGGAGAUUUCAACAUCAAGCUUGGGGAAGGAGGAUUUGGCUCGGUGUUUCUAGGAACUUUACCCAGCGGUGUUAGGAUUGCAGUCAAGCGCCUUGAUGGUUUUGGUCAAAUAAAGAAGUCAUUCUUGGCCGAGGCCGGAACCAUCAGCACUAUCCAUCAUGUCAAUCUGGUAAGACUACUUGGGUUUUGUGCUGAAAAAUCGCAUAGGCUUUUAGUCUACGAGUACAUGUGCAAUGGUUCUCUUGAUAAAUGGAUCUUCCAUAAUGAUCGAGAGUUUGACGUCUGUUGGCAAGUGAGGAGAAAGAUUAUCCUCGACAUUGCCAAAGGACUAGCCUAUCUCCAUGAGGAAUGCCAUCAAAAAAUAAUUCACUUAGACAUCAAACCCCAAAAUAUACUUUUGGAUGAACAUUUCAAUGCGAAGCUUGCUGAUUUUGGGUUGUCCAAGCUAAUUGAUAAGGACCAAAGCCAUGUCAUGACGACCUUGCGAGGAACACCAGGUUACCUUGCUCCAGAGUGGUUAAGCUCUGUUAUCACGGAAAAGGUAGAUGUGUAUAGUUUUGGCAUUGUCAUGUUAGAAGUCCUAUGUGGGAGGAAAAAUGUGGACCGCUCUUUGCACAGUGCUGAAGUGCAUAUGUUGACCCUUUUCAAGUGCAAAGCAGAACAAGAACAACUACUGGACAUGGUUGAUAAGUCCAGUGGUGACAUGCAACUACACGGCCAAGAAGCUGUCAAGAUGAUGAAAAUCGCAGCAUGGUGUUUGCAAGAUGAUAGUAGCAAGAGGCCCCCCAUGUCGCAAGUGGUUAAAUGCUUGGAGGGCUCAGCUGAUAUAGAAGAUGGAUUGAGAUACAGCUUCUCAGGUCCUUCCGGUCACAGCGAUCAUGGUGUUGAUGAUGCUACUCGGCUAUUGCCCUCACAGUUAUCAGGUCCUAGGUGAACAAAACUAGCUUUGGACAUAAACUCCGAUGCUUUGAUGGGGUGACUUCUUUUGGCGUUUCUGCCAUAUAAAUUUGUUGUCUAGUAGUCGUACUUAUGAUCCAAUAAUUUUAAUGUAAUUCUAAGUCGCUUGUGAUUUUCGUUUAAUUGGUUGAAAGGUCAUGGUACAAAUAAAGAUUCCAAACAUAAAUCAGUUUGCAGUAGACAAUGCUAAAUUCCAUCACUCUUUCUAGUUGCGAUCCAAACACAGAAUGGACAUCUAAGCAACCUUUGUUGUAAGAUAUCUUUCGUUA